AGGAUGUGAAUGGAGCGUGUUGAUAGCAGGUCUAAAGGAUUAGUGGGAGCUUGAGAAAAAAAAAAAAAAAACCUUUAUUUUAAAUUUUUUUUUUCCUUUUGGAUUUGCACUUCUAACUUCACCUUCAAGCAAAUGCCACUGGAUCUUAUUUCCCCUUUAAAUGUCCCUUCCCUGUCUGAUAGGAUAUGACAUCAACAUGACUGUGCGAGCUCGCUGAUGCCCCUUCAAAUGAGAGAAGACUUUCCUUGGUAGCACCAACGCCAUCUAGAGACAGAAAUCUCUUCAUCAUUUCUUCCCCUUGAGCGUCCCCUGUGAGCCUUCAAAACUGUUUCUCCAAAGGGUUUUGCAAAAAUUAAGACUGUUUUCAAAAGCAGAAGCACCGCCGUCCACAACUGAAGUGAUGGGCAGCGUGCGCACCAACCGCUACAGCGUUGUAUCUUCAGAAGAGGACGGAAUGAAGUUGGCCACCAUGGCAGUUGCCAACGGGUAUGGCAACGGUAAGAGCAAAAUACAUACCAGGCAACAGUGCCGGAGCCGCUUCGUCAAGAAGGACGGCCACUGCAACGUUCAGUUCGUCAACGUCAGUGAAAAGGGACAGCGCUACUUAUCUGACAUCUUCACAACCUGCGUGGACAUUCGUUGGCGAUGGAUGCUGGUCAUCUUUUGUCUAGCCUUUAUCCUGUCUUGGCUUUUCUUUGGCUGUGUCUUCUGGUUGAUCGCUUUACUCCACAAUGACUUGGGCGCCGGAGAAAAUCACAAAUCUUGCGUGACGGAAGUCAGAAGCUUCACGGCAGCUUUCCUGUUCUCCAUCGAAACACAGACAACCAUCGGCUAUGGGUUCCGAUGCGUCACGGACGAGUGCCCAGUGGCUGUUUUCAUGGUGGUGUUCCAGUCUAUCGUGGGUUGCAUCAUUGACGCCUUCAUCAUAGGCGCUGUUAUGGCUAAGAUGGCCAAGCCAAAAAAGAGAAAUGAGACUUUGGUUUUUAGUGACACUGCGGUCAUAGCCAUGAGAGACGGAAAGCUGUGCUUGAUGUGGAGAGUGGGCAACCUCCGAAAGAGCCAUCUGGUAGAAGCUCACGUGCGAGCUCAGCUGCUUAAGUCUCGCAUUACGUCGGAAGGGGAGUACAUCCCCCUGGAUCAAAUAGAUAUUAAUGUUGGCUUUGACAGUGGCAUAGACAGAAUAUUCUUGGUCUCACCAAUUACAAUAGUUCAUGAAAUGGACGAAGACAGUCCACUCUACGAUCUUAGCAAACAGGACCUGGAGAACUCUGACUUUGAAAUCGUGGUGAUACUGGAAGGUAUGGUGGAGGCCACAGCAAUGACCACACAAUGUCGGAGCUCCUACCUUGCUAAUGAAAUAUACUGGGGCCAUCGAUACGAGCCAGUUCUCUUCGAAGAAAAGAGUUACUACAAAGUAGACUACUCCAGGUUCCACAAAACAUACGAAGUGCCCAACACGCCGGUAUGUAGCGCCAGGGACUUCGCCGAAAAGAAAUAUAUCCUUUCCAAUGCGAAUACUUUUUGCUACGAGAACGAAGUGUCCCUCACAAGCAGAGAGGAAGAAGGCAGCGACAACGGCCUGCCAGAUAGCAUGAGCACGGGCAUGCAUCCCGAAAUGGACAACCACAACCAAGUUUCUCUUGAUCCUAGACCUCUAAGGCGAGAAUCUGAAAUAUGACUGAAAAACUACAGCUGGUCAAAAUAGCUGGUCAGCAGCACCCGUUGCUAAGCAGGGGCCCAAUGCAGUUUUCAGCUGUCGGUACUGAUGGACAGAGGCGAAACGGAUCCAGCUUCCCACAGCUGACGGGAAGCUAUUGCAAAAAAGAUUGGCAAGCGUAGGGUGUGGUGGUCUAAACUGGAACUUCUAGACUUGCGUUCCACGUCACUGGACAUGCCCCCCCCCCCAACCAUGCACUGUUCCUUGUGACAACAACAGGCUGUGCAGGGACACUACAGAAAACAUCGCAAGCAGACAAGACGUUGUAGAGCCGAUUUCUCAACCUCUUGGUCACAUUCAUAACUGUAAGACCUUGUUCCACCAGUUUUGUUCCUGGUGAGCUAUACAAAAAAAUAUAAAAAACGAUAGGCAGCUGGGAACUUGAGACAAAGCACUAAACCUUUUUCAAGUGUAACCCAAAAGGCACAUAAUGUAAAGGAAAAAAAAUAAAAUAAAUUAUGUAUAUUUUAUAUUUUUGACAAAACUUGAACUUGCAGAUAAAGCUUUUUGAGUUUUCAAACUUCUCUCUCUCUCAAAUAUUGGGAACAAGUCCAUUUUUAAUGGCAUAACAAUAGGCAACUAUCUGCCUUAAACCAUAAGCUGCUGCUACUUACACCCUACCAGUUCUGUUGUGGUGUUCCUUUUUUUUUUUUAGUUUCAGUGUUUCAGUCAUGUACAAGAAAUAACGGCCAGAACCCGUAAAGAGCAAUUGGCCAAAAAAAAAAAUGUAAGAAAAGCAAAAGCCAAAUUUAAAAAUUCUGUGAGAAAGCUAUUAGUAACCCACAGACGUAUCUAUACACUCAUUUGCAUAUUUAGCUAGCGGAAUUUGUGACUAAUGCUUUUUAGAAAGAGCUGCAAUGCAGUCCUCCUAUAGCAAAGAUAGAAUAUAUUUUUUUAUAGCGAGAAAAGGAAAAAGAAAUAAAAAAAAAUAAAGACGUAAAGACAAUGUAAUUGUAUACCAAAGAUAAUGCAGACAUUUGUAUUAUUUAAAAAACCUGCUGGGUCUUUUUUUUUUUUUUAGAAGCGAGUAGUAAAGAUGGCUAAAAAAAGAGAGAAAAGAGACAAUGAAACCUCCUGCUGCUAAUUACUAGUCCUAUUUUGGGAUUUCAAUAAAACUUUUUUUUUUUUUGCGUAGAAGAAAAAAAAAUAGUUUCUCCCAGGCGGCAACCGCAAAAAAAAAAUCCACUUUCCUGUUAGUCAAGUAAGGUCAGGGUGCAAGGUCAAGUGUGCUGGGGGCAUUCCAAAUUUGCGGGAGUUGAUUCCGCAUUUUUUUGUUAAGCCCUUGACAUGACCUGA